UUUUCCUAUUUUUCUGUAUAUAUUUUUUACCUAUAUCCCUAUAUUUUUCAUGUCCACACACUUUAAUUUUACUCUUUUUUCUUUCUUCCAAAAUGUAGGACAGUCGUGAAAAGCAUUUCACUACAUGUCGUACUGUGUAUGAUUUCAUAUGUGAUGAAUAAAAUUUUUAAGCUGAAUUUGAAUGACAGUCAAGCACAGAUGUGGUGAAACUAGGGCCUGAUAUGUGAUGCAUGAAGUAAAAACUUAGUUUUAAGUUAAAGUUAAGUAAGUUAAGGUAAACUGACAGAAAAGAACAGGCUAGUGUGCAUAGGAGAGCAAAGAGAGCAAAAGAGAAGAGAAAAGGAAGAGAGAGGAGAUGGAAUUAAAAGAAAAACUAAAGAAGGUACAGGACUCUCUGAGAAAGCUAGAGGGAGUGAUCCAGGAACAUGAAGGAGACAUCAGACAACUUAAUGACCGAACAACUGAACUGGAGAGAAAGAUGAAAGGAUGAAGAAGGAUGAAGAGAAAAAGAAAGAUCUUUACAGACAGCUGAAACGAGAGGUUGUACGAAGGACAGAAAUUGCAGAAGAGAUGAAGAAACUAAAAGAAAAGAGAGAGUGGGAGAGUAGAGAGAUGAAAGAGAUGCACAAACAGGAGAUGGAGCAGAUCAGGAAGGUGUAUGAAGGAGAGAUCAGAAUGGAGUUUAUGAAGAUCAUCCUGCCUGAACUCUGGAAAAAGGCCUCAAAAACAAAGAUGCAGGAAGAUUUCAGCAGACAGAUGGAGUAGAAGAACAGAGAGCUGGAGAGUCUUCACCACAAACUUUUCAAGCUUCAAGACUGAGAAAGGAGAGAGACUGAUGAAGGAACCACAUCUAUAGCUUUUAUAAGUAAUAACAGGCACGCCGGACCCAACCCCUCACCAGCGCACUCACUCACCCGAGUACUGAUUGACUUCACCUGCACCUCAUUAGUUUCUUACCUCCACUCCUCUAUUUAAGAGCACUCUCUCCACUUCCUCCCCAUCUGGUCUCGUUUGAGAAACCGACUAUAUGCUUCGUUUGCACCCGUAUUCCUAUGAUUGCGCCCCAACUGCCAUCUUCCCCUUCUCACCUCGGUUGCUGCUCUCUCUAAUUCCACUCAUCUCCGUGCACGGCAUUUCCAUCUCCAUCCCGCUCCGGUGUUCUAUCAAUUCAUCCUACUCAUCAUUAUUUCCUACCCAAAAAUACGUCAUGUUUUGCCCUCUUAGCGCCCCGCCCAUAAAUCUGUCCUACCUCUGUUAGAGGCUUGUGGAUUGAUUGAUCAUUUUCCUAGUUUGUGUGGUUUUAUUCGACGUUAUAUUUCAUUUGCGUGUCAAUAUUUAACAGUCGACUUGUGCAUUGACGGUAAGUAUUCAUUUUUUUUUUUUUUUUUAUCAUUUUUACAAUUAAGAUAAAUUACAAAAUGUGAGCAUUAUAAAAAUACGCACUGACAAUAAUGUUCUUAUACACUUGGUAACUUUUAUUAGUUGACAGUAACGAUUGUCUAUACUUGUCAUAAUCCAAAGUAGUAAUGCUAGUUGUCCCGACUUCUCAUUAUACACUUGUUUAUAUUGCCACGUGAAACGUCCGCUAGCUAGUUAUGUCUUAUGCAAAGUAGCAUACAUCAGUCAUUAUACACAUGAUUUACUAGCUAAUUAGUUUUCCUGCCUAUGAAAAUGGCAGACUCUCAGGCUAAGGUCACUGAGCAGAAAAUUGUUUUUUUUUUUACGUACUUGCUGUCAUGCAAAUUAUAAGUUUUGUGAACCUUUGUUUCAAAAUAGUUAGGCUUCAUUAAACCGCACUCUUUUUUUUAUUCUUCAUUUUAUUAUUCAAGUAGGAUUGUCUAAUUUACACUAUUAAAAUAAACCAACGGUUACGUGUGCAGGAUUUUAUGAUAUUUAGGAUAUUCUCAUAAGGUAGAGCAAACUGUGGUUUAGGCAAAGCAGAGGUUUGUGUUUAAUAUUUAAAGUGGUUUCUUAAAGUGUUAUUUACAUUUUCCUGUUACUUGUAUUCAUAAUACGUGUUACACCGAAUGAAGGGGAUUGUUAAUAUAUUAUUUGUAUUUUUUAUUUUAUUUUUAAUAUUGAAUCUGUAUGUUUCCAGCUAUGGAAAAGAAGUGGGAGGAAGUAUACAAUUAUCUUUCUUCACAGUCAUACCCAGAAGGAUAUGACAAGUCACAGACACAAAACCUGAGGAGAUUUGCCUCCAAAUUCAAAAUAAUGGAUGGAGAACUCUGGUCUGGGAGCAGACGAGUGAUUAAAACCAGAGAGGAAGCGAAGAAUGUCUUUGAAGAAUUUCAUUCUUCCCCAAUUGGAGGGCACACUGGCGUCAUUAAAACAAGAAAUGCCAUAUCUCACAGAUUUUACUGGUUUGGCAUGACGGUUGACAUUGAAAACUGGAUCUUACAGUGUGACAAGUGUCAAAGUUGGGGAAACCUUUGGCUGUUGAUCAGAAACUGGAGUGUAUUCAGGUGUCUGAUGUCUGGGAACUUGUGGGCAUUGAUUUAUUUGGACCCUUGCCAAAAACUGCUGAUGGCUUUCAGUAUGUUCUGACAGCCACAGACUAUUUCUCCAAGUGGGUUGAGGCCUUCCCAUUGAAAACCAAAACUGCAGCUGAAGUUGCAAAAAAUCUUUGUUCAAUUAUAUAGAGACAUGGCUGUCCUAAAAGAAUACUGUCAGAUCAGGGGAGAGAAUUUGUUAAUGAAAUCAACCAUGCACUUUCUGAACUGCUUCGCAUUAAAAGGAGUGUAACAGCAGCUUACUACCCCCAAACUAAUGGCCUUGAUGAAAAGACCAACGAUAACAUUAAACAAGCCUUCAAGAAGCUAGUAAAUGAUCAGCAGAAUGAUUGGGAUACCUAUCUGGACGCAACACUUUUUUUCUCUCAGAUCGAAGGUGCACACAACCACAAAACACUCUCCGUUUCUUUUUAAUGUAUGGUAGAGAGGCAGUGUUUCCUUCAGAGGUUCCCAUGGACAUGCCGUGCUGAAGCUGUGGGCUUCAAAGGACCAGGGCAGGUUGAAGCAGUUGUGGGACCAUAUAAACUGUUUGACAGUUCUUUCCGGAUGCUGCAAGGGAAAGAGUGGCUGUCGGAUGAAAAACCGGUACAUCUGCUGUGUGUAGCUGUGUCAAACUCACUAUUUUCUGGCCUUUUUGGAUGUCUCUUUAAGAUCGUCUGCGUGACCAAAAAGAGCAUCUUAAUUUUAGAUCCAUUGGGAAAGGAGACAUUGUAUGAACGUAAAGUUCUGCGAAACUGGAGAAACUUUCUGAAGCUGCAAGGUCGUGACGAGCACAGUGCAGCAUGGCAAGCGCAAACCCUCCCUCACGAAGAACAACAAGACUCGAGCAGCUGCGGACUUCUAAUUUUGAAGUUUGCAGAACUGUGUCUUUUAGAGGGCAGUGUUCAAGAUGUGAAGACAAGCGAAAGUGCUAUAUCCUUGGAUAGAAUAGAGAUUGCAUGUGCACUGCUGACAUAUCGAGGGAAGGCAGAGGAUUACUGUGUGGUGUGCUCCAUGUUGGAAGUUAAUGCUGAAAAAAGCAUGAUUGAAAUGGUGCAGUGUGACCUCUGUGGAAGGUGGGCACAUUUUGAAUGUGCCAAAUACAGAAAAGGCCUCCCAACUUGUGUGUGGGGGAAAAUGUGUGGGGAAAAAUUAUAAUAAUGGAAAACUGUGUGUGUAAAUAAAUUUCUUUUGUGUAUAAACCUUAAAAAUUAAAUUUUGUACAGUUAAGUCAGUUUAGUCUCUGGAGUUAUUACUGUGCUUAAAAUUGUUUUUAAUAAUGACUAGUGAUUAUGCUGAAAAAGACUAUUUUAUUAAGUUGCCUAUAUACUCUGGUCUUAGAUUUUCUU